UCCGGUGAUUAUUACUGAGCAUUUUCUCUAGAAAUGCUGGAUUAAAACGCCUGAUUGUCUAAACAAUUUAUAGAAAACAGUUUGUUUUUCUUCUUUUUGCGCUUUUGUUCUUUUACCUGCGGAUAAAUUAAAUAAAAUACAUUUUUAAAAACAUCAAUUUGUGGAGAUUUUUCCGCAUACACACAGACUUGAACCACCUGGGUAGCAGGAGUGCUGGACUGGAGCAGUGUGAGUUCAGCAUCAGACUGGGGUUAGUGGGACAAACGAGCCUCCACUGCCAACGCCUUUCUCCCCGGCUGGGAAACUUCAGCUCACACCGACCCGAGAGCUAUCUGACGGCGCUUCACUUCAACUCAUGAGCUCCUGAAACCUCGAUCCGACACUAAAAAGUUGUUCGAAGGCAAACAUGGGCUGCACGAUCAGCGCCGAGGACAAAGCGGCAGUGGAAAGGAGUAAAAUGAUUGACAAAAACCUGCGAGAAGACAGAGAUAAGUCCUCCAGAGAAGUGAAACUGCUUUUACUCGGUGCUGGGGAAUCUGGGAAAAGCACAAUAGUAAAGCAGAUGAAAAUCAUUCAUGAAGAUGGCUACUCAGAAGAGGAGUGCAAACAGUACAAGGUGGUGGUGUACAGCAACACCAUCCAGUCCAUCAUGGCCAUCAUCAGGGCAAUGGGACGGUUAAAGAUAGAUUUUGGGGAUCCUACACGGGCGGAUGAUGCUCGCCAGUUGUUUGCCCUGGCGAGCUCAGCGGAGGAAGGGGUGCUGUCGGCAGAGCUGACCAGUGUGAUUCAGAGGCUGUGGAGCGAUGGUGGUGUUCAGGCCUGCUUUGAUCGAUCGCGAGAGUAUCAACUCAACGACUCCGCUGCAUACUACCUGAAUGACUUGGACAGGAUCUGCCAGCCGAACUACAUCCCGACUCAGCAGGACGUGCUGCGUACACGUGUGAAGACCACCGGCAUCGUGGAAACUCACUUCACCUUCAAAAAUCUCUACUUCAAAAUGUUUGAUGUCGGGGGUCAGCGCUCGGAGAGGAAGAAGUGGAUUCAUUGUUUUGAGGGAGUCACAUCUAUUAUUUUCUGCGUAGCUCUCAGCGACUACGACCUCGUCUUGGCUGAGGAUGAGGAGAUGAACCGGAUGCAUGAGAGCAUGAAGCUUUUUGACUCCAUCUGCAACAACAAGUGGUUCACACAAACCUCCAUCAUCCUCUUCCUCAACAAGAAGGACUUGUUUGAGGAGAAGAUCAGCAAGAGUCCGCUCACAAUCUGCUACCCCGAGUACACCGGCGGGCACUCGUAUGAGGAGACAGCAGCUUACAUUCAGUGCCAGUUCGAAGACUUAAAUAAACGAAAGGACACCAAGGAGAUCUACACCCACUUCACUUGUGCCACAGACACCAAGAAUGUGCAGUUUGUGUUUGAUGCAGUCACCGACGUCAUAAUAAAGAUCAACCUGAGGGAAAUCGGGCUGUACUAAAUCUCCAGGCCCUGCAGGUGUCAGGAGGAGAAUAGGGACUUCUGGGCCAGCACGUGUUGUCUGCAGAGGGCGAAUUGGAAAGUAGGUGUUACUAAGGGCUGAGCAGGUGGCCAUGCUGCGUGCAGGACCAAUAAAUUCCACAAUUUGGGGACUUGCUACCAUGAUCACUUUUGUCUUAAUAGAUUUCACAAUGCAGAGCAUAUUGAGAGGAAGUAAUUAGUGAGGGAGUCUUGAGAUUUGCACCUGAGGGUCUGGCAGAUGAAGCCCCUCUGAUGUCUCUCAAAUCCAGCUGACACAUUUAUAAAUUUGUCUGCCAUAUGCACAAGGACCAAAGGAGACUGCCUGUUCAUCAAAUCCAUUUCUGCAUCUCACAGUUUAACAGCUGUUAUGUAAAUUCAGUUCACUUUUGUGUUGCAUCUUCUCAUAGCUGUAAGACUGUACUGCAUUGCUUUUACUGAACAUUUGCAUUUGUUUUAUUCUAUUUUCAUUUUGAGCUGCGAUUAUAUAGUAUUUCCACUUCUGAAUGUGUGAAUGCCGUAACUUAUGUAUAGAAAAGCAUUGUGUGUGUGAGCAGUUUUGAUGUAUAUAACCUGUCGGGUCUGGGAUUAGUUAGCAGCACAGCUGUCUACAUAGUUAUUUUCAUUUUAACUACACCAUCUUGUAUUGAUUGAACAAUAUUUUUAUACUUAUGAGACAUCACUGCAAAUCAGUUUUUUGUGAAGGGAUAUCCAGAUUUCUUUUCUUUCCAUUGGAGUUUAAAUAUGACUAAUAUUAUUCACUUUCAAUAUAGAGGCCUCCCUUUUUUCCCCAAGUUACUUUUUUUAAUCCUAUGGAUACUAGUGAAGAAACAAAAACACACACAUGAAAACUAUGAUAAUAGCUUGAUUUAGCCAGAGGUUGUAUUUGUGUCCUUUGGCUGUAGCUAAGGAGGUCUGUUGUGGAUACUGUAUAUACUGUAGUGGAGCUCAGUUUGGGUUAGAUCAGUCACUUCCUACACAGAGAAGGCCUGGUAGCCUGGUAUUUACACACCACUUUAAAUCUCUGCAUUUGUAUUGGUUCACUUUAAUGUCAUUAAAUGAUGGCACAAAGCUGUCUCCUCUUUGUCCUGUUUUUAAAUGCCAGACCAAAA